CAAAUUUGACGGGCUGCCACGCUAAUUGAAUUACUUCAUGAGCGCUCGAAAGCUGAUUGGUCGCAGGGCUAGGUAAAUACUUUAAUUAAUUAGUCAUCAAUUUCGCACAAGCUGUAUAAUUUAAUUGGCGCAUCUACAGGCUGGGUGAAAACUCCGAGGUGGCUCGCUCUCGGUGAGUUACGAAUCAAAGGCCCGCCACUCUAAAGCUAUUUUCGAUCACAGAGCUUUGCGUAAAGUACUUGUGCGAUUUUCAAUUGCCGUCGUGCGGUAGAAGCUUUUCCACAUGGAGAUACAAAGAAAUGAAAACAAUUCGUCUAAUUCAAGUACGGACAACGUGCAUGGGAGAAACUCAAAUCACGGAGACAGAGUUGCCAGUAACAAAGUAUUGCCUUUUUCUAUUGAGGCAAUCCUAAGCGCUCCGCAUCCUAAGAAAGAAACGCCGGCUACAAGGAAGCGGCCGCUUUCGAAUUGGCAAGAAAACUCUGCGGAUUUGACGUCACCCCUUUCAACUCUGGAGGACUUUACAAGUAGCAAUUUGCCAGAAGACAUUUCAGUUAAUACAGCGAACGCCGAAAUAGCUUCGAGAAGUCUCCAACAGAAGCUUAUGGCCUUUCAAGCAAGACUCAACGCCAGAAAACGACGGAAGGCGAGAACAUGCUUUACGAAUCAACAGAUAUUUGAGCUUGAAAGACGGUUUGUGUACCAAAAGUAUCUUUCGCCUUCUGACAGAGACGAAAUUGCACAGUCGCUGGGAAUUUCUGGAGCGCAAGUAAUAACAUGGUUCCAAAACAGAAGGGCGAAAUUUCGAAGAGAUCUGGAAGAAUUAAAAAGCGACGUUCAAGCUGCGAAGAUUAUGGACAACAAGCAAGUCAGCCGAUUGUGCAAGCGUUUGGAAAUUUAACGAAGGCCCUUAGGGGUGCUUUAAUCUUGAAGCUUCUUCCAUUUCUGCGGGCUGCCUACUCAGUUGUUAUAGACUUCUUCUCCACAAGAAAAAUUGCUCAAGGUGUUCUUGUUUUCCCUGAUUUCGUUUUCUCGAUCCAUGGACGUUCAUUCACAGACAAUUAACAUUAUACAGAACCACUCAGUAUAGAAACGCAUGGUUCAGUCGUGGUGGAUGGUUUAAAAUAUACGUAGAUUCAUUACUAGUUUACAGAACUUUUAAGUUGUCCUAGUCGAACCGAUUGUUGAGUUUGUAGUGCGGGAUGUUUGCGUUUCUCUCGUUGAUUCUUUCAUUGAAUCUGUUGAACAAAUCUUCUUAAAUAACAUGAUUUGUCUCAAGGUUAAAUGCUCUGGUUAAACUGUACCGGCCACAACCAUAAAUCAUUGAACGUAGUGACACAACUGAGGUAAGACACUAAAUGAACCAUAAAUCAACCGGCCUGUCUACUUAGCUGGAGACGGCGGAUUCACUGAUUUAAGCCAAAAAACGCCGUCAUAGACAAGUUCCGGAUAUCACGUUUUAAAAUCUAACAUGGCUCUAAAUUGAGUUGACUGGUUUUCUUUUCUUUCUCGUGUCCAAAAUGUUUGUUCCGCCUAAUAUUGUUUCCUUUCUUUAAACACUCGCGUACUCAUACAAUGACCGGCUGCAUGUCAACGUGAUACCAGUGCCAAAGUCCUUGAUAACUGUAAAAGAAAGGUUGCAAAUAUCAAAUUAUCGAGUUUCGCGUUUGUAGAUAUGAAUAAACUACGAAGACAUAAUUUCUUUGUUGUUUUGUUCUUCUUCCUGAAAGACAAUUUUUUGGUUUGUUGCAUUGCUUCGUCCAUACAGAGCAACUUACAGUCAACUUAGCAGUUGCGCUUUUCUUGGCGAUUCCAGGACCGCCAUCUUAGGCUAGAAAAUUCUACAGUCCUGUUUGAUGAAGCCCUUUUUUGAGGAGCUAGCUUUUUUAGACAUACUAGGCUAGCAGAAGAUGUAAUAGAAUCAUUAUCAGAGGUUUCCUUUUGUGACAAAUAGUAACACCAACAUGCCUGCCUGAAUGUGAAAUAUGCCAUCUUCAAUGUGUUAUCUUCUCGCGACAGAUUGCGGGAGGGUCAGGGAAGCUUAUUCAAUCAGGACAAUACCUUUCAAAAAUGAUUUAUAAACUAAGGAAACAGAAGUGUGAAACCAUUCGUUAGCUUCCAAGAGAGCUUUUGUCUCUUUAUCCAGUGAUGGAUUGUCUCGCUGAGGGGACUCGUGAGAACUGGUAAAAGAGUGUUUUUCUUGCGGUGGGUGCUGUUUUGUGACCAACUCCGCGAUCAAAUGAACACUUUUCUUCUCGCGGUGUGAGGAUCGCCACUUACAGUUCCAGUGGCGAUCAACUCUGAUAGAUGACUUGCUUUUGUUUUCUUUAGAGUUUCAAAGAGUAGCUGAAAAACUACUGUUUUGUAAAGGAUAUAAUACCGCUCAGUGGCACAACCUAAAGAUGCUUCGUGACCCACUGUAAGGUUACAUCCAAAACUCUCUUUAGAGUGUCACUUUACCUGCGUU